AUGGUCUCUUACGUACCAAAAAAGAAUCGUUUUGUCACUCUAUUUAGUACACUUCAUGACCAGAAAAGUGUGGCUAACGACGAACAAAAAAAGCCGGAAAUUAUUCGAUUCUAUAAUGCGACGAAAGGUGGUGUUGAUUCUCUAGAUAAACUCGUAGGCACUUAUCGCUGCAAACGCAAGGUGAAUCAUUGGAAAUAUGAGAAAAAAAAGUAUCGCUGUCGCUUGUACUUAGUGGAGCUCGGAAAGCAAUUAGUUACACCAUAUAUUGCGAACAGAAAAACUCGUCCUCGAACACCAAAUGCAAAUGCUGUUAUAGAUGAAAUUCAGAAUAUUUCAUCAAGAUCAUCAUCACCAACGACAUCAACAUCAGCAGCGCCAACAUCAACGACAAUCGCAUCGCGAAAAUCGAAUUUACCAAAUUCUCAAAAACUCACGCAUGCUCCGUCAGCAGGAAAACGAAGUCGUUCUGCACAUUGCGAAUAUAAAAACAACAAAAAUUUAUACAGCAAUCGCUGUGAUAAGUGUAUAACUUAUGUUUGCAAUGCACAUCAUUUCAAACUAUGCACAAACUGCAUUGAUAAACUAUAA